UCCGUUAUGGCGCUGGCAUUGUCACAUCUGUUUCCUUUAGCACUGUGCGUCAGGCGCGGUGUGGUGUGUUCACGGUGUGUUGAGUAGUUUCGAUCGGAUUUAAAACAUAAUAAUGUUCUCGUCCCUAGUAGAUAUGGCGCGGAACUCGCCAUUCCGCGGCCCGAUGACACCCGCCCAGUGUCAGUCGACAAACCUCACACCGGCCAUUGAACAGCCCAGCGGUAUGGCGGCCGCUGCCGUGGUUCAGGGCGACUCCUGCGAGUUCGCCUCCCCCAAGUACUUCGCUCUUUGCGGUCUUGGAGGAAUCCUGUCUUGCGGUAUCACUCACACAGCUGUUGUACCCCUGGAUUUGGUGAAGUGCCGUCUCCAGGUCGACCCUGACAAGUACAAGAACGUAGUCAAUGGAUUCAAGGUCUCAGUGGCUGAGGAGGGUGUCAGAGGUCUCGCCAAGGGAUGGGCACCCACCUUCAUUGGUUACUCGCUCCAGGGUCUUUGCAAAUUCGGUCUAUAUGAGGUCUUCAAGGUCACAUACAGUGGUCUUUUGGAUGAGGAGACGGCGUACACCUAUCGUACUGGAGUCUACCUAGCGGCUUCGGCUACAGCGGAAUUCUUCGCUGACAUUGCUCUGUCACCUCUAGAGGCUGCCAAGGUGAGAAUCCAGACUAUGCCUGGCUUUGCCACCACCCUCCGUGAAGCCUGGCCGAAGAUGGUCCAGAAUGAAGGUUACGGCACAUUCUACAAGGGUCUGGCGCCUCUAUGGGGCAGACAGAUUCCUUACACCAUGAUGAAGUUCGCCUGCUUCGAGAAGACCUUGGAAUUGUUGUACAAGUACGUCGUUCCCAAGCCCCGUGAGCAGUGCACGAAGGGCGAGCAGUUGGUGGUUACCUUUGCCGCUGGUUACAUCGCUGGUGUGUUCUGCGCCAUCGUCUCCCACCCUGCUGACACCGUCGUAUCUAAGCUGAACCAGGACAAGACCGCGACCGUCGGCGGAAUUAUGGGCAAACUCGGAUGGGGUGGAGUAUGGAAGGGUCUCGGCCCCAGGAUUGUGAUGAUCGGUACCCUCACUGCGCUGCAAUGGUUCAUCUAUGAUGCCGUCAAGGUAUGGCUCCGUAUGCCCCGCCCACCACCAGCGGAAAUGCCCGAAUCCAUGCGCAAGCGACUUGAGGCCGAAGAAGCGGCGAAAUCCAAGUGAACACACUAGUUUUAAGUAGUAUAUUUACAUUGCGCGCCUUACUCACACACAGACAGCUAUUUAAGACCUUAUUUAUAUAGAAAGAAAACACAAUUUCCCUUAGUAAAUAGCUAGACAGAUCUCGCAAGAGGUUCCUAUUAAAAAAAUUGUUGGGAUCAUAGAGGAAUGUGUUUUUUCGAUGAUUACAAUGAAUGUUUGGUACAAGGGAAAUUGGCUAUGUGACAUCCGUACAGGCGGAUUGUUAGUUCCAAAUAAUUUUAAGCCUAAUUAUGGCUUUAGGAAGCUGUGUUCUUAAUGAUAUUACUUGAUAUUACAGUUUUUGGCGCGCGGUGUUAGUUCCAAACACCGCCACAGCAGUAUGUUAUUAUAUUUAAUAAUAUGUAGUGACAUAAAGAUUACCAACUUACAUACAGUAUAAUAUAUAAGUAAAUGAUGAUCAUGUUAAAUUAUUUUUUUUUGGAAAAUAAAAUAUUUUUAUUUUAAUCCUUA